AUGAAUUUUCGAAAGAACGAAGUUACCGCGCUACUGGGCGAGAACGGGGCUGGCAAAUCUACAACUAUCAGGAUGAUAAGCGGUCACAUCUCUCCCACUUCAGGCGUUAUCGUCGUCGAGGGGAAAGAAAUUGGUGGUAGUACGCGAGUGCAAGUCGGGAUUUGCCCGCAGCAUAACGUCCUUUUUCCAUAUCUCACAGUAUUUGAACAUCUCUGCUUCUAUGCCGCACUGAAAAACCAAAAACUCUCACAGGUAAGCAUAUUCGACGUAAUUAGCAUUCGCUGGCAUCUCUAUCAAGCCGCCUUUGGAGUUUCUAGCUAUCUCAAUUGA